GGGUCAGUCACGUGGCCGACACCGUGCCCAGUCGCCCCACGCCGCGCGGCCCGGCAGCAGAGCACUCCUUCAGGUGGUUCGGUCAGCGGUCAGCACGGGCCAGCCUCUCCGUAAACACGAGUGAUCCAUGGCAGGAAGAUGGUCACCGCCGUCCGAGAGACAUCGGCACCGCUUCAAUAGCGCGGGAGUAACCGACCGCGGCCGCCAAGCCAUGUGGGAGAAAUCCGUGGAGAAACAGGUCUGGGGGAUGGACAGCUCGCGCCACGGCACGUGGGCCCGCCACUGCCGUCAGCCGGCCGCCGGCGCCGACGCGUCGCUGCUAGUUGCGCUGCAGAGCCAGGGCCAGGUGGAUUUCUAUACGAUUCGCGACUUUUCACGGAACUUCGGUCGCAGUGCUCCGUAUGACGAAGUGUAUUCGCAGCUACCGACUUCCUCGCUGUCCAGCGCCGUGAUACUGAAACAUACCUACGGGUGGAACCAGCGCGCCCACCCGGCCGACGCCUGGGUCGCCGGCCGGCCGCCGCCGCGGCUCGGUCCGCGCCCGUGGCAGACAGAGUCGGAGCGGACGGCCGCGCGCGCCGGCACCUCCCUGCCGUGCUCGCCAGGCCGCUCCUCCGACGAGGGCUGCACCAGCCACGACAGCCUCACCGACUCGUCUCGGCCGGGCACCAGCAGCGACGAGGACACCGACAACAGCUUCGUGCUCGACUGCAGCCGGCCGACGCAGCGGCCGCGGCGCACCCGGCACUGCCACCGGCCGGCGCCGGAGCCACCGGCGCGGCCCGGCACCCCGCGGCCGCCGCUCCGACACCGGGAGCACAGCAACGAGUUCCACAUGGUCAAAAUCAAAAUGUCCAAGGUGUACCACAUCAGCUCACAAAACGAGGCGGCGCGCCGGCGCGAGGCCUCCGUCAGCAAUCUGGUGCCGCCGCCGGCGCACCGGCCACCGCCGCUGGCCCGGUCGGUCAGCGCUACCCUGACCGGCGAGCGGCGCCUGCUGCCGGCAGCUACCAGCACGAUGCCGCGGCCGCCGUCAGCCGGAGAGCCGUUCAAACCGGCGGCGUUCGCCGCGGCUCUGCUGCCACUCGACGACCGCCACUCGCCUCCCGAGUGCGGUCCUCCGCAUCCACCGCCCCCACCGGCGCCCGAGACCGGCCGCGACCGACCGGCACCGGCGCCGCCACCGCCGCCGGGCAGGGUCGGCCAGCCCCGCGGCGUGCGCGCUCUGCCCUUCCCGCUCAACAAGAAAAACGGCAAGAUCCACUACCAGUGCAACCAGUGCUGGAAGACGUUCGGCCAGCUCAGCAACCUCAAGGUGCACCUGCGCACGCAUAGCGGCGAGCGACCCUUCACCUGCCAAGUGUGCGGCAAGAGCUUCACUCAGCUAGCUCACCUGCAGAAACACAACCUGGUGCACACAGGAGAGCGGCCGCACAAGUGCCACAUGUGCGGCAAGCGUUUCAGCUCCACCUCCAACCUGAAGACCCACAUGCGGAUCCACUCUGGCGAGCGGCCGUACGCGUGCAACCAGUGUCCGUCGCGGUUCACUCAGCUGGUGCACCUGAAGCUGCACCUGUGGCUGCACACCGGCGAGCGGCCGUUCGUGUGCACCAGCUGCGGCCGGCGCUACGUCAGCACGUCGGGUCUGCGCAGCCACCAGAAGACCUCGUUCUGCGGCCGGCUGGCGCCCGCCGAGGCCCCCGGCGGCCCGACCGGCACGCCGCCGGCACCCCAGUGGGGCUAGCCCGCCCGACGGGGCGGUGCGCGCCGAGCGCGGACGGACGGGUCUGCGGCCGUCGCAGCGCGACACUACCCUGGUCAUAGGUUUGCUUUUAGCUCUCCUCUAAGUUUGACUAUCUAUCAAAGAAUGACAGCUAGCUGCGCACAACUGAGCUUAGAAGGCUUACUUUGGAUCAGCAUCCAUACUGGCUCGUGGACAGACAGAUAACAUUCAGCCAGUGAUCACUAAUUAGGUAGGUUUCCCGAUUGGUGCGAGCGAGGCACAGUUGAGGCGGAUCUUUCAAUGAGACCUAUUCUGUCCUACUCGCCCGUUCAUCUCAUUCAUGACUGCUCGGGAGCGGCGGCCUAGGCUUAGUAUGUUCCAUGCGUGUCUCAGUCUCAUUCAUGUGUGCAUAUCAUAACUGUGCUUGGAGCUUGGCGGAUACUACAUGACUUUCAAGUUCAAACAAACGGGUGACGGAAGACAUAGUUUGUUUCUGCAACGGCUAAUAUGCAUCGUACUGAAGAUUUUAGUGGCAUUUCGAUAACUUAUUUCAAACAUCUGUGCCAACUAAACGUUAAAUAAUGUAUUUAAAAACGCUGGGCACACUUUUAAAUCUCAAACAGCGUCAUGAUUCGAGGACGUAUUUGAGCAGCACCUAUCAGGAUAUUCGUUGUUCCAGGUUUAGUACACCCUUCAGUGCCUGCAUCAUUUCCGUCCUUUUUUUUUGUUGAAAUGUCUGCUCCGGGUCAUUAGAUGUCAGGCCACAAAGUCAGGUCAAGUUCUAUCGUUAAAAACCAAAUUUACGUACCUCCUUCCACGAUUAAUUUCAAACUGCCAUGGACUGAUAAGGGUCAUGAUUCUUACGAUACACUAGUACAUUCAUUAAUACUAGAUGCGUUUUCAUCAGAACCUGAGGUCAGAUGAAUUUUAUUACCUCCCAAUUAGGAUCUGGCGAAAAUUACGAACAAGAAAAAUGCACAUUUUCGCUAUUUUAGUUGAUAUUUCAUCAGCCCAUUCGUAAAAAACAUUGCAUCCGAGCAACGUACUCCAAUGACACCUCUUGACCUGACCUUCGACCUGACCUAAAAAGCGACCGGAGGGAAUAUUAUCCGGUCCUAUUGAAACAACACUUUCAUCAUAACUUUUUGCGAGCCUACCACUUCAUGAUACGUGGCUCAGGAACCAAAUUAGAUGAAGGCAGUAUUCAUACUUCCCUCAGCAAAGCGCAUCAGGGUUGGUGUUCAUUAUCAACAGAGGAGUACGUAAUUGCUCCACUAAUUAUUUUCGCGAAUUUAAUUGCUGCAGUAUCCCUGCCUGGGUAUUGACCACAACAAAAAGCUGACGAUGGUGAACUGUGCACUGAAAACACAUAAAGCUUUUGCAUCGCAAAAAAGGUCGAAGAAACCCUUGAUCAGGACCAAAAUUAGUUUACGCGUAACCCACCUAUCUAUCAAAAUGUGACUGUUUACAUAUAAAACGCCCCAAUAUCUAUCGCUUACUAAGAGUUCAACAAUAAUUUGUGUUUAACUCAUAAUGAGUUCAUUCAAUUCAUAAAGCCUAGCAAAUGCCGUCUUCAUUUGACCUUAGUAAUUUGACAGCCUCAUCCGACCUUUGAGCAGCUCUAUUCGCAUAUGCCGCUGCAUGUUUCACUAUUAUUUUGGUGUUCGAUGUAUCGGUGUGCGUCGGUGUGUCUGGCCUGUCGCCUCUGUCCAAUGACAGCGGUCAUUCGGCGACUGCAGUCGCUGCCUGUGUCGCGCCGCGCUGACGCCCGGGGACUCAGCCCGUGCAGGGCGCACUGUGGGCCAACUGCCCCCAAAACAUGGUCACAUUGGCGCUCCCGGACUGGCGCGGUCCUGCGUCGCUCAAACAAUUAUCGCCAUUGGCUGUACUCGCAGGGCGCGCCAUGCCACCGUUCAAAGGCGAGAUACAAACACUUCCACGUGAUUCAAUGUGCAAUCAUAAGCUAUUUUUGUAAACAUAAUAGCUGAUGUAUCUAGGUGAAAAUGUAUAUUCCUACGAGCUAAAUAUGUAGGCAGGUGGUGAGUAAAAUGUAAGAUAUAGAUAUAUAAUCCAUUUUCACCCGCCGUCCAUGAUUAAAAGUUGUUAAAGACCAUGAAAACGGCUCAAAUAGCUGAAAUAAGGUUGUGCAUUCCGCAUUUACUUGCCGGUCUCAUUAAAAUAAGUAGUCGGAUAAUGUCAGUGCAGCUUACGGCCGAUGGAAUAAAAUUGUACCUCAUAAAAUAUAAACAGUGGAUUUCCCCUAAGAUUAAGUAUUCCAUUAGUUACCUAACCGAAUAUUGAAAGUGGACUUAGUGAGACCUUCGAUUAGCCUAAAUACAAAUUUAAUGCCUUUUCUUCCAAAAAGUUAAAUGCCCACUAACGUAUACCGAUUGAUCGUAUGACCGUCUGGCGGUUAGGCGAGUGUGCCGACUCACAGGGUGCAGCCAGCCACGUGCCGCACGUGGUCACGCCACGUGCUCCCGUCCACGACACGUGCCGUGCAUAUCAUCCACGGCAGUGUUCUAAAAUUGGAUUUUGGUUGGGUGUGACGAUGAUGACCAAAAAAUCUAGGAUGAGAAAAAAAACAAGUGAAAACCUAUAUCACUUUCGCAAUAAAGGCGUAACGCUACGCUGGCUGAUAAUAAAAGAACAUACCAUUCCUGACCACCAAAACUAACCGAAAAAGACGAUGCAAAUAGGUAAGGAUGAUCUACGGCAGAAUUAUAACUUUAACAUCUGAUCGCCAAGUGUUUCUAAAUGCGUCCCAUUUUAUCCCAACAUUUGUGUUUGAUUGAGACUAAUGAAUUUAAGAAUCACCCUUGUCUCUUAUACAGCAAAGAAUGAAUACCUACUUCAACCAGUGAGAUUUCAUUUUCCUCACAAGUCAAAAUGCAUUGUCACAAUUGAAUGACUGUCCAGUGGCCAUCCUUCUCCUAGCCUUAAAUCAAUGCCUUCCUUUCCGUUUCAGAUGCAGAUAGCAGAUAUUACCGUCAGCAUCUGCUACGUUCCUACUCAUGCUUACUGGCACGGAUCCAGGACGGUCCUUCUGCCUGUAUAUUUCUCCUAAAGAAGAUCAUCCGCGGACCUCCAUCCUCGCGACGCCAGUCGCCAUCAUGCGAGCGAACUAGGUCCUUAAGAAGCAGAAGAUGCAAUGAUUCUGUUGAAAUAUGUAACUCAUGUGUUCUGGCCUCUGGCUGGGACGUUUUGCGCCUAUGGCAGCACUGCU